AUUGAAGCCUAGGAAAUAUCUGUCGGGCUGAUAUUUCAGCUUGCCGAACACGACAGCUGUCACCUCUCGAACGUACGAAGGAUGACUAGGGGCCAAAUGGGUUGCGGUGAGAGGGUUCCACUGCUCCGUCCAUUACUACUUACCCUCUGUGCCCUGGCACGCCAGCCCUCGUGGUGGCCAAAGAUCUCUCGGUUUGAUGCAUGUUGCCACGCCGCGGCCUCUGACAAACAGACGCACGUUCUCGAAACACGCACGCAGUGGACGAGGCUGUGAACCCCCACCCGGAAACACCAGAAAUUCGCGCCUGUGCGCGAUGGCGCAUUUAAAGGCUCUGAACCUGGAGUAAUCGUGGUGGUACCUUUAGGUUUUACGCUAGUAGUGAAAUAGUAUGAUCUCAGUGGUUUCGAUUCACCUUACAUGUGGUCAUUAUAUGUAGAUCCGUCUUUAUCUGCACACUGUAACCUCAGAUCACGUACCAUCGAUAGUGCAAAUCUCUGAGUCUUUCCUGUCGUGCAGUUGCUCGGAUAGACCUGGGUGUAGUGUCUUUGUUCGACGUUUGUAGUGAAAAACUUGGGUGGUGUUUGUGGAGAGCAUGUCUUAAUACGCACACUUGGUGAAUGAGAUUAAUGUGCAGUCUUGAAGCCUCGAAGAUUGUUGUUCAGGGUUGAUGAAUGUAAAGAAGCUCGCGUGUGCUACGUCGCUUUGGAACCCGCUUCGGAACAAUGAAUGUGGCUGGACCCGGUGUGCAAGUCCAUUGAGUAGGCUGAAGUGAUUAUGUCCAAGAAAGAUGAGUGUAUUCCAUCGCCACAUUGCGUCUGGCUGCGUUGCGUUAGCGGCGGGAACUAGUGCACCAAUAAUUACAGUGGAAUACUUGGACGUCUUAUAACUAAAAGUGACAGGCUCCGACCCUUUACAGUGUACGAUACGUGCAAAUUUGAACUCAGGGCUAAUGAGAAGUUACUCAUACAUGCAGAGGGAUCCGUCGACACACAUGUUGCGUUCGAAUACUAGUCUUCAAGUUAAUACAUUUUCCGACGCAUCCCAUUAGGACGUUCUCUCAGCUUCAAGGAGAGCCAAUCAGUAUAGAGAGUAACAGUACAGUCACAUUCGUUUACUAGGUGAAUAGGUAUAGAUUCUGAACGAGUGAUUUCUGACUAAUUCAGUAGUCAGAGCGCUCAUAUCAACCUUCCGAACGUUGUCGAGUUACAGAUCAUGUGAGGAGGACCAACAGAUUGAAAGAAGAAUGGAAUAUCGAUGGGAGGGCGGAUGGGAUAGAAAAUGAUGAGUCUCGAAGCUUGCAGUUUUCUCCAAGUCUAACAUAUCGAAUUCGUUUACGAGUCGAGUUGCCGACGAGUUGCAAAUAUGUCUGUUCGGACCUGGAGGAGAUCAAAAGCUAGUUCGAAGUAUAAAGAGAAAGCUGUAGACGAGGCUGCCAUUGGGGACAUUUGAGUGUCAGAACGACCUUAGCGCAUGGUCUACCCAUAGAUGACCUCAUUGUCCCCUUUGAUGAAGUUUCGGAGCAUGGAUUGUGAUUCCUAUCAGCAGCAUACCAGUCCCGCAAGAAGCAGGUAGUCCACAUGACUACAGGUGGUUAUUCCUGGUGUCAACCCGGUGAAGCAGCACAUGUGAGAACUUGGUUGAAUUCAGGACUAGGGCACAUGACUCUAGAUUUACUUAUUUUAGUGUUGGAACCAGUGGAAUGAGACUUUUACUGUUUCGUUCGUAGACAUUCCAUUUUUAGGGACUUGUAGCCGACUAUCCUAGGGAAGACGAUGAGAUGUGACGGGGGUAUCCCAAGCGCGUUGAUUGACAAAUAUUCUAUUUUCUUAUAGGAGCUUGAAAAAUACGGUGGAGAUUUAGAAAACCUGUGAGUCUGCUUGAGAAUUGGUCACAUCGCAAGCGAAAUCCACCACUGUUUCGAACACAGUCGUCACCAUAGGAUACAUUAGAGAGAACGCUGGCCAUAGCUGAUCGACCAGUGUGUUUCGCUUUGACCAACUCAGGGUGCGGUGACGGACCUUGUGAGGUUCGAUUCUCAGUGUGCUCACCUACAUCGCACAUUCUUUAACACCGGGAUGAAGAAAUCGAAAGAGUUGGUCGCGGAAUGGGAUCUGGAGGCUAGACGAAACUUGCGAAAGGUUCCGAGGCUUUCGAUACCAUCUUCCUCAGCAACAGACGGGUUUUGCAUCUCCGACAACCCCCUGGACUGCACUACUUCCUCCAUGGCGCCGCACACACCUUACCGCGACUUGUGUCUGAACUCUCGACCGCAGCAAUGCAACUCAGCCGAGGGCGGGGGAUCUACUUCCUCGGUGGAUUCACGUCGAGUUUGGGACAGUUCAGGUUCGCAAGCGGCAGCGCUCGGAAGGUACGGCGACUGGAAAUUGUCGACGGAACCUCGGAAGAUCGACGAUUGCACCGUCUCCGAAGAUCGAGGAUGGAGCGCAGAUGACUGCACAAGCCAAUGUCAGAAAAGGCUUAAAAGAACCAGCAGCAUCGCGAGGGGUGGUGACGACCACACAACGAUGGCCGAAUCAGACACCUACCCAGAGGUCGACGACACGACGCCCAUACGCACAACGUCCACCGCGACGACGCAGGAUUUCGGUCUCCCCGUCACGUCCCGGAAGUCGUCGCAUCCGAAGGGCGAAGCUGGAGGAGUCCCCGGCGACGAUGAAGCUGAUAUGGUUUUGCACGCCGCCAGCGCCCUCGUCAGUUUGUCAACCGACAGCCGGCGUCUCGCCAGUGCUCGUCGACGAACGUCAUCGCCGUCGUCGGCGUCCACGUCGUCUUCUAAAUCUCCUUCAGAUGAAGCUGUCGACGAAGAAUUCCUUCGGCCGUCCGCUUCUGUCGACGUCGCCAUCCUAAGCAACAGAAAUAGCGGCAGCGGCAGCUCCGUGCUGUCGAGGCCGAGCCACAAGCAGCGGUACCGGCUGGUGGCGGCAGUGUUGGCCGCGAGUCCUAGAAUCGGUGAUUCAUGAAGGCAGUUUUUUUUAGUUUUGUAGUAUUUUUUCAUUUUUUUUUUUUUUAUCUCUACCCCCCCCUUUUUUUUUUCAGCGUGUCCUGUACAUAUGAUGAGCUUGUACAUUAAGGGACAGUGUACAAUAUAUAUUUUUAUAAUUUUAUUUGUUUAUCAUGUAAAGUAUUUUGCGGUACUUAAGUGGGUUGAUUCAUCUUUUCUAGAAAAAGCAUGAAUCAUGUGAAUCUUGGGCCGUGGCUAUAAUUUU